AUGGUCUUGAUAGCGUCUGUGUCGGUGCUGGCUGCUGGCUCCCAAGGGAACGUCUUCGCCACCUCUGCCAUCCGCAGUCUUCGUUUCCUGCAGAUCCUCCGCAUGCUACGGAUGGACCGGCGCGGGGGCACCUGGAAACUUCUAGGAUCAGUGGUCUAUGCCCACAGCAAGGUGACCGCUAGAAAGGCUAUUGGUUUAGCUGGGGUUUAGUUAGCCUCAGGAGCCCAGGCUUCUCACCUUCUGUGAGAUGAGAUUUGGAAGGAUGGCUCCGCAAAAACAAAUCGAAAGCCUACGUAAAAGACAUCGGGUAGAAGUAAAUUAAUCCACAAAUUUGAAUAAACUGCGUUUUCAUGAAUUUGAUUACAUAGUCCAGUCAUAAACAGAAAAAGUGGAUUUGGUGGGUACAGAUAUUAUUGUGCAUUAUGUAGCCUUUAUAAAGGCUUUAUGAAUGUAUACAUACCAUGAAGUGUUACCAAAUUCUAUAUCUGAUGCUCUGUUCCUCUUUUCUCCAGGAACUUAUCACUGCUUGGUACAUAGGCUUUCUCUGUCUCAUCCUGGCUAGUUUCCUUGUGUACUCGGUCGAGAAAGAUGAAAACGACAUGUUUGAGACCUAUGCUGAUGCCCUGUGGUGGGGGCUGGUAAGUUCAAUAAUAUUUCCAAAUUAGAAAGUGCACAAGGUAUUCAAUGUUAUCUUCUAUUAGGGCAGACUUACAGUUAGUGUUCCGAUAAUGUCUUUCCCUAAUUUAUAUGCAGUACCCAGCUAAAUACAUAUAUAUAACUGAGCUAUAAUAUCACUUGAAAAAGUAUAAUGUAUUGGAGUGGAAUGGGGUCUUGACUUACCAGCUUUGGUGGACUAUUAUAUAAGGUAUGCAUUACUGUAGGUGCUGUUGAAAAUGCCUCUUCUUUCUCUAGAUCACCCUGACUACCAUAGGCUAUGGGGAUAAGUUCCCAAAGACCUGGAAUGGACGUCUGCUGGCUUCAAUGUUCAGUAUGAUAGGAGUGGCUUUCUUUGCGCUCCCAGCUGUAAGUUUGAGAGACAUUUUAGGUGAUAAUUCAAACCCUUAUGGUGCAGAAGGCAACUUAAUCUAACUUUAUUAUGUGUCUGAAUUUGAAAGAAACGUAAAACCUUUAUUCACAGUUCCAGCCUUAUAGCCAAGUGCAUGAACUCCAAUGGUUAUAUUCCAGAACAUUUUGCAAUGUUCUGUGUCAAUAGUACACUUUAGAGUUGUUGUGCUCUUCAGUGGUGCACUUCAGCUUAGGCAAAACAUGGCCUGGUACACACUUGAACUUAAAACAUUCGGAUAACCAUUAUUAUUAUUUUUUAAUCUGGUAGUCCUACAUUCUAGUUUCAGAUGUUCAUAUUCAAGAGGGUAGAGAUAUUUUCACAAUGUGUUCUCUUUUUCUCGUACACACAGGGUAUCCUGGGGUCUGGUUUUGCCCUGAAGGUCCAGGAGCAGCACAGACAGAAGCAUUUUGAGAAGCGACGCCAACCUGCUGCUGGUCUAAUACAGGUAGCCACACGCACCACCAUUGGCCUGGACACACCCACUGACACAUUGUGUGACCUUUGACCUAUUCUUUUUUUACCUGGUUCUUUCUGACUGAUUUUAUUGAAUUAUAUAUCACUUGUUGGGUCAUUGAACAUCCUCUGCAUCAUGACGUUGUCUGCAUCACUAGCAAAUAACACCAUCUGUCUCACAAACAGAAUGCUUGGCGAUUUUAUGCUACGAAUCUCGCUCGGACUGAUCUGCUGUCGACGUGGGAUUUUUAUGAGGAGAAUGUUUCUCUCCCGAUGUACAGGUACAGACCAUAUCUGUUCUCUAUACUUUAUAUAACUUUAUUCUGGAAAUUAAAUUCCAUUAAAUUCACAUGUUCUAUUUAUCCCUUUAAAACUGGCUAGAGUUUUUGUUAUUACCCUUGAAAUAACACCAACCAGUCUGGCUUUCCAAUUUGAAGUUUAACUCUAAUACCUUUCAUUUUGAGAUACUGCUGGGCUUUGUCUUGAUAUUCAAAGCACAACUAGUACAGUGCCUUCAGAGAGUAUUCACACCCCUUGACCUUUUCCACAUUUUGAUGUGUUACAGCCUGAAUUUUAAAUUGAUUAAAUUGAGAUUUUGGGUCACUGGCCUACACACAAUACCCCUUAAUGUCGAAGUAGAAUUCUGUUUUUAGACAUUUUUAUAAAUGAAUUAAAAAUGAAAAGCUGAAAUGUAUUGAGUCAGUAAGUAUUCAACCCCUUUGUUAUGGCAAGCCUAAAUAAGUUCAGGAGUAAAAAUAAAUCAAUCAAAUGUAUUUAUAAAGCACUUUUUACAUCAGCAGAUGUCACAAAGUGCUAUACAGGAACCCAGCCUAAAACCCCAAACAGCAAGCAAUGCAGAUGUAGAAGCACGAUGGUUAGGAAAAACUCCCUAGAAAGGCAGAAACCUAGGAAGAAACCAAGAGAGGAACAAGGCUCUGAGGGGUGGCCAGUCCCCUUCUGGCUGUGCCAGGUGGAGAUUAUAACAGUACAUGGCCAUUAAGGCCAGAUUUAUCUCCAAUAUGUUGAAACGUUCAUAGAUGACCAGCAGGGUCAAAUAAUAAUCACAGUGGUUGUAGAGGUUGCAACAGGUCAGUACAUCAGGAGUAAAUGUCACUUGGCUUUUCAUAGCCCGGCAUUUAGAGGUUGAAAUAGCAGGUGGGGUAGAGAGAGAGAGUUGAAAACAGCAGGUCUAGGACAAGGUAGCACGUCCAGUGAACAGGAUGUGCUACCUUGUCCCAGACAUGUGCUUAACAAGUCACGUAAUAAGUUGCAUGGACUCAUUCUGUGUGCAAUAAUACUGUUUAUAGAAAAGUUUGUGGUCAUGCGCACAUCCUUACAAUCAUAGGUGCUGGGCUAAUAAAGAAUACUAGUAAAGAACAAGAAGGCCCGCACACGGUUAAAGCUCCCAAUUCACCUCUUUAUUGACAACGUUCCGAUCUGAAACAGAUCUUCGUCAGGUCAAGCAAACAAACUGAGUGCUCUCUUCCCAAAAUAUACACAUUUCACCACACGUGACCAUUAUGCACAUGACGCAUGGUGGGUGUGGAAACGAUUAAAUUCACUUUUGUGCACAAUCAAUCAUACAUUGAGGGGGAAAAAGUAUUUGAUCCCCUGCUGAUUUUGUACGUUUGCCCACUGACAAAGAAAUUAUCAUUCUAUAAUUUUAAUGGUCGGUUUAUUUGAGCUGUGAGAGACAGAAUAACAACAAAAAAAUCCAGAAAAACCCAUGUCAAAAAUGUGCAACAAGUCACUAAAGUAUUUCUGCAAAAUAAUUGGCAAAGCAAUUAACUUUUUGUCCUGAAUACAAAGUGUUAUGUUUGGGGAAAAUCCAAUACAACACAUUACUGAGUACCACUCUCCAUAUUUUCAAGCAUAGUGGUGGCUGCAUCAUGUUAUGGGAACGCUUGUAAUCAUUAAGGACUGGAGAGUUUUUCAGGAUAAAAAAGAAACGGAAUGGAGCUAAGCACAGGCAAAAUCCUAGAGGAAAACCUGGUUCAGUCUGCUUUCCACCAGACACUGGGAGAUGAAUUCACCUUUCAGCAGGACAAUUACCUAAAACACAAGGCCAAAUCUACACAGGAGUUGCUUACCAAGAAGACAAUGAAUGUUCCUGAGUGGCCGUGUUACAGUUUUGACUUAAAUCUGCAUGAAAAUCUAUUGCAAGACCUAAAAAUGGUUGUCUAGCAAUGAUCAACGACCAAUUUGACAGAGCUUGAAAAUUUUUGAAAAUAAUAAUGGGCAAAUGUUGCACAAUGCAGGUGUGGAAAGCUCUUAGAGACUUAUCCAGAAAGACUCACAACUGUAAUUGCUGUCAAAGGUGCUUCUACAAAGUAUUGACUCGGGUGUGAAUACUUAUAUAAAUUAGGUAUUUCAUUUUCAGAAAAUGGCAAAAAUUUAACUUUGUCAUUAUGGGGUAUUGUGUGUAGAUGGGUCAGACAUUUUUUUAUUUAAUCAAUUUUGAAUUUAGGCUGUAACACAACAAGAUGUGGAAUAAGUCAAGGGUAUAUGAAUACUUUCUGAAGGCACUGUAGCUACUUUGAAAAUGAAUCACUCUGUUUACCUUCUAAGUCUGUCGGAAUGAUUUAGAAAAUAAGCUGCAGACUGCAAUAUUAGGCUUUCUCAAAGCAGCGUUCUGCGUUUUAUCUCAUUUUAGAGCUACAUACAGUAUUCUGUGUAGCAGCGUCUAAGGAAGCGUUCUAUUUUGAAACAGUAUAAUGUUAGGCUUCAAUGCUCCAGACUAGAGGGCCACUGAACUUGUUUUUAGAAAGUCCUUUAGAAAGACAUGCAUUAGCCUUCUAGUGGGAUGUAUGGUGUAUAAAAGAUGAUGAAAACUGUCUCCACGCUUCUCUCGCCAGACUCAUACCCCCCCUCAAUCAACUGGACCUCCUGAGGAAUCUGAAGGCCAAAUCCUUCAGCAGGUCUGAAUAUACAGUAGGAUGAAUCUCACCUGAAUUCAUAGUCUCUUGGUGUCUCAGGGCUGCAGUAACUUAGUGCUAAUCACCCGAUUAAACCCUGUGCCUUGACAACUCUGUUUCCCUUUUUUGCCCUUUGCCACUUGACAGGUGCUUGCUCACCCAAAUGCUAAAUCCUGAUUAUCUUAAUGACAUAUAGCUACCACUGUUGACCUUUUUAGAUAUUCAGCCUUGUCCUAACCUCUCUGACUUUAGUAACCUAAAUAAUGCUGCCCAUCGGGAUUUGUCACGGAAAUGAAUGUGUGUGUGUGUGUCUCUCUGUGUGUGUCUUUUUCAUUUGUCUGGAAACAAAGGAAGGACUCUCAGACAGAAGCCUCCCCCAGGUCUGUUAUUCAACCAGCCUUUGUUGUUUUACCAAACACUUCUUCUACCCCCUUUUGGCUUUACUUCAAUUCUGCUCAAUGCUGCAGAGGCACUCUUCUUGAGGGAGUGUGUGUGUGUGUGUGUGUGUGUGUGUCCCGGAGUAGAAGGGACCAAGGUUUUGAUGAGUCUUGUUUUUUUACAAUGUGUGUUAGAUAUGGAUGUACCUCUAUGAUAAGAUCCUCCUUCAAGAACAGUGGCCUUACAUUUGCCCACAGUGCCCUAGCUCAAGGGUUCCCAAACUUUUUUAUUCAGGCCCCCCAUCUAUUUCUAUGGGCACAAGCACUGUUCAUGAAACAAACUGUUCACACACCUCUUGUUGGCAGAGAGAAAAAUGUGCAGGUUUAAAGCUUAUUUCCUGCAAUUCUACACAUUUUGCCAUGGGGUGCAGAGAAAAUGUUGCCUUUUUAAAGCUCAUUUUCUUGCAAUGUCUAAUGUGUAUUCAUGUGAUAUUUGAUUGACUCAACCAUUACAACAAAAUCUAUGGGCUAAAAAAACUAGCUAAAAAAGUUAGCUGACAUGGGCUAGUUGAUCUGGACAUUUCUGACAAGUUAUAAAUACAGUAGCUCUCUAAGGUAUCCAGUGACUGACCUGAGAAGAGGAAAACUGAUGAUGCACUACCCAAUUUCGAAAUUGCACCUUGUGCAUUCUACUAUUACUACCUUCAAGAGUAAUUUGAAAGCCGGACUGAGUUCCUUAAAUAAAUAUUUUAAAAAAAAAUAUAUAUAUAUAUAUGACCCCUGCGCCACCCACAGUUUGGGAACCACUCCCCUAGCUAAGCUCACUUUGCCCUCACUGCCAACAUGAAGCUGUUAUCCACAAAUCUAGGUCCAGUUCCCAAGAUCACCUUUUGAAAUGUGUUAAUUACCCCACUGGCAUAGGGAACACUCUAGAGCAGUGAUAUAUAUGAAUUUCAUAAUGGGUCACUGUAAGGCCAUGUCUUUGCGAUUUGUGCAACGAUUACAUUUAACAGCCAAUACUGUAGACUGUACAUAUUUCUGCCUACUUUGCACUUGCUUUUAGCCUAAAUGCCGUAGCUAAUUUUAGAAUCAGAUGUUAUGAAACAUUUGCAUAAUGCAUAGCAGACUUAUGGUUAUAAGUGAGCCAUUUGUCACAGAAAUCCUAACUUCUUGAUGGUUUGAACCAGGGGUUGGAACCAAAACUAUUUUAAAAUUCUGAACAGAACCACCAUUUUCUUUGUUACGUUCCAACUAGCAAAAUAAAGUUCUGAACCGGUUCAAACCCCCAAAAAGUACCAGUUUAUAUCGUUCCUUUCUGUUCCUUUUUUAAACCUGUGAUCAACAGUUUUUUACAUUUAGCUCCUUAAAUUACUUCACCAAUCAGUGCGGAUAGAGCAGGCAAGCUAGUUGUUUACAGCGUGAUGGACAGACAAGUGUAUCCUGUGGUGCAAGAUGCGGCUGAUAUUUUGCGGGUCGGGAGAGAGCGAGAAAGGGUUGAGGAGGAGGCUUGAAGGGCUGGGCAUCUUGUGAUGACAUGCAUUAUCUGAAUUAGGUCCACAGAAUUAUACCUAGGAGGAGUGGCUUCUAUGGAGGAACUUUGAAUGCGCUAGCUAGCUAACAAGCUUGCGUGUGCAAAGCGGCACCAGAAUUAGAAACACGUCUUACCUUUUUGUAGUUAAUAAAUCCAACGUAAAAUGUGAUAACUAGGCCUAUAGUAUCCUUAACUAGCAUUUUGAAAAGUUAAUUCAUUAUUUUCUAGCUAAUUAAAAAUCUCUCUCCUAUCUUCUGAAUCAUGAUUGUAACGUCAGUACAGUAGCCUAUGCUUCGGAGGGGGAGGGGCAGGUAGCCUAAACGCGCGCACACACACUGGCAACGAUGUUCAGUAUGUUUCUGAGUGACAGAGUGAGGGCAUUGCAUAGCCGCUUUGAUGCGUUUUUUUGUGGGACCCCCAAAAAAUGCUUGGAAUAACAGUUCUUUUCCAGAACGGUAUGGAUCACUUUCGUUCCAGAUUCUGUUUCUGUUCUUGAAAAAUGUAUUUAUUUUCCUGUUGGGAAGAAGUAGUGGGUGUAAAAUCAACGUGAGCCAAUGUGCAACCUAAACAUGUGUAAACAUAAUUGGAAAGGAAAAGGCGCAACGCUCGCUCAUCAUUAAACAUUCUUAGUUUUAUUAAGUAUGUUUAUUUUCCUGUUUUAAGUUCUGUUCCCUGAACCGGUUCCAUCCCCUGGUCACAUCGUCACAUCAUUCAAAUUAUAUUAUAAUUUUAUUCAUUAUUGUCUGAUUAAUGAAAGUACUUCGAAUAUGUUUUUAUGACAUCUUCUACCAUUCCUCAUUCUUGCAUCAUAUCAUCCUUUUACUGACCAUUACAAGGACAUUGUAGGACAUGUCCUUGUAAGACAUUACAAGGCAAGCCACUUCAUUUUUCAGAUGCACUUAAUUCCUCCAUCACUUAUCUUUUUUGUCUUCUCUACUGCCCACCAUUCCACUAUCUCUCUCUCCAAUGUCCAGUUUUGCCCAUUCACACAAAGAUGACAUGCUUUGUGGGUGCUGCCCGAGAACCUAUAGGUACUGUUGCACAGAUACUAACAUCUGCACUGCAAGUAUUUAAGUCUCUAUAUAUCUGUCCUUACUUUCCUAUCUGUUCUUAUAUUUCCCACUUUUGACACAUAUUCAGCUGAGUAGAUGAAGCACAUGACUAGCUGACUCUUUUUAAUCCCCCUCAGCUAUUGAGAAUCAGUCAAAUGUAACAUUUACUUAUCCACAUAGCAUACACAGACAUUUACUUUUGCUUUGAAGUAAAAAAUCGGAAUAUUUUCUGCACAUUUACCUGAACAGCUUCCUAGAAAACACAGAUGUACGUCUUAGUUUUUUGUGACACAGCAUUGAUUUAUUGUUUCUCUUAUGCAGUUUUUUCGCUUGUUGGCUUUUUGCUCAGUCAGCCCUUUGACAACUUUUGUUGAAAAGCAAGAAAACAACAUGCCUUUUACUUUGGUAUCUAACAAGCAUUUCCUUUGAAAUGAUUCCCACGUACAGUACAGUGGAAGACAUGAUGGUUAACCCUGUCUGCAUGACCUGAUUUACUAUUUGCAUAGAGAGAUGACAACCCUUCUUUUUCUUUUUGAGGCCUAUUACUGUGCUUCCCAUGCAUGCUUGCUUGUUGCUUCUGCUGCUUGCCUGACCGAAUGCUCGACUAUGUGCACAUGGAAAAGGUUCCUUCCGCUGUAGGACAUUGCCUCGUUUUAAGUUACCGUAGAGGUAAGACCUUUAAUCGCACAGACAUAUCUCAACAUCACAUUACUACUUUAUGUAUAAGCAGGUAUAGAUAUACAGUAAGUUGCUCCACGUUAACAUUCUAUAUUUAUGAGUGAGAAUAGCCAAGAUGGUCAAGCCUACAUCAUUACUAAAGUUGACUAAAAUGUAUUCUUGAUUAAUAACUGCUUGUUGACACAUUGACACUGCCAAGCUAUUUUAGUCCGUUUCUCUACCCAUAUGAUACUUGACCUAGACCUAGUGAACACAGCCUAGACAAGGUGUCCAAAGUAACUCUUCGUCCACACAGCCCUAUAUUGCUCUUAUACUGCACAGUAUGCACAUGAGUCAUAUCACCAUGGGAACUCAAACCCACAGAAUUAUCCUUACAUCUCAGAAAAAGAUGCAUCAUCCAUCCAUAUCGAUCUCCCUCUUGUUUGCUCACUCCGUUCUGUAUAUCCUUCCCCGCUCCCUGUAGCCGGAAGCCUAGCCUAAAGGACAAGGUGUAUCCUAGUCCUUCCAAGAUGGCUGGGGCCACAGGGAGGUCCCAGUCCCCUGGGCCUGAAGACGGGGCAGAGGGAGGGCCGAGCUGGAGCUUCACUGACCGGGCCCAAGGGGCCAUGCAUGCUUUCCGUGCCAGGGGCAGCACCUCGCGCCAAAACUCAGAGGGUGAGGGGAUUCUAAAUCUGCACCACUGGUUAUAUGACUACUGUUCUGUUUGAUUAGCUUAUCUUCUUAAGAUAAUAAUAAUAACAAUAUUGUAAUCUUUUUAUAUAGACAUUACACAGUUGCAAAGUAGGCUAUGCAGUGCAGUACACUGUCAGAUAUGCAAAAGACAAAUAAAACAUCACAAGUGCACAUGCUCACAAUGGUAUAACACAUUUAUUGGAUGAUUGUCCAAGGAGUUAGGCCUAAUUAGCUAGGCAGAUACUGUAUUUUCAAAUAUAAUGCUAGUCAAGAAGAUGGCUAGUCAAAUAGCUUAUCUUCUUGACUAGUAUUACAUUCGAAGAUAUGGUAUCUGCCUAGCUAAUUAGGCUUAACUCCUAGAUCAAUCGUCCAAUGACUAUGUUAAACCAUUGUGAGCAUGUGAACCUGUGAAUUCUAUUUGUUAACAUUCUGUUUGACAAAUGCUAGCAUUCUGUUUGACAAGCUACUACCUGCCUACCAUUCUGUUUGACUAGCCAUGUAACUAAAUACAUUCUGUAAAACUAGUUGUCUACACCAGGGUUCCCCAAACUCGGUCCUGGGGCCCUCCCCUGGGUGCACGUUUUGGUUUUUGCCCUAGCACUACACAGCUGAUUCAAAUAACCAACUCGUCAUCAAGCUCUGAUUAUUUGAAUCAGCUGAGUAGAGCUAGGGCAAAAACCGAAAUGUGGACCGAGUUUGGGAAUCCCUGGUCUACAUAACUAGAACUCUGUUUGACUAGCCAUCUAACUGAAUACCAUUCUGUAAAACUAGUUGUCUACAUGACUAGCAUUCUGUUUAACUAGACAUCUAAUUGAACACCAAUUUGUUUAUCUUUGUCUACCUGACUAGUAUUCUGUUUGACCAGCUGUCUACCUGACAAGCAUUCUAGCUACUUGACUAGCAUUUUGACUUUGACUAUCUGCCUGAGAGGCAUACUGUUUUCUAUCUACAGUAUCGGACUAACAAUCUGUUUGACUAGCUACUGUAUACCUGGCUAGCAUUCUGUUGAACUGCUAUUGUAUAUACCUGUAUAGCUUUCGGAUUCACUAGCUACCUCCCAAACUAGAAAUAUGUUUGAUUAGCAUUCUGUUUGACUAUAGUUAUCUACUGGACUUACCUUUUUGUUUGUUGUCGUUAGCCCUAUGUCCUCAACUUGGAGUUCAGAGGAUGUGCAAUGAUGUUUUACUCUGUGGCCCCAUGCCAGCUGUCACUUAGCGUGCCAACUGUAGGCUUUGAGGGAUGUGCCAAUGGCAAUUUCAGCCAGUAGUUUUGAAAGUAGUGCUCAUGAACCAAAACAGUUCCCCGAAAACUGCACAAUUGUGUACUACGUCAUCCGCGAGCUGCCCAGUGAUGCGAGCCUACCAGAUGAGCUAAAUGCCCUUUAUGCUUGCUUCGAGGCAAACAACACUGAAGCAUGCAUGAGAGCGCCAGCAGUUCUGGACGACUAUGUGAUCACGCUCUCCGAAGCCGAUGUGAGCUAGACCUUUAAACAGGUCAACGUUCACAAGGCUGCGGGGCCAGACGGAUUACCAGGACGUGUACUCAGAGCAUGCGCGGACUAACUGGCAAGUGUCUUCACUGACAUUUUCAACCUCUCCCUGACCGAGUCUGUGAUACCUACAUGUUUCAAGCAGACCACCAUAGUCCCUGUGCCCAAGAAAGCGAAGGUAACCUGCCUAAAUGACUACCUCCCCGUAGCACUCACAUCGGUAGUCAUGAAGUGCUUUGAAAGGCUGGUCAUGGCUCACAUCAACACCAUCAUCCCGGAAACCCUAGACCCACUCCAAUUCCCAUCCCGUCUCAACAGAUCCACAGAUGACGCAAUCUCAAUCGCACUCCACACUGCCCUUUCCCACCUGGACAAAAGGAACACCUAUGUGAGAAUGCUGUUCAUUGACUACAGCUCAGCGUUCAACACCAUAGUGCCCACAAUGCUCAGCACUAAGCUAAUGACCCUGGGAAUGAACACCUCCCCUGUAACUGGAUCCUGGAUUCCUGACGGGCCACCCCCAGGUGGUAAGGGUAGGCAACAACACAUCUGCCAUGCUGAUCCUCAACACUGAGGCCCCUCAGGGGUGCAUGCUUAGUCCCCUCCUGUACUCCCUGUUCACCCACGACUGCUUGGCCAAGCACGACUCCAACACCAUCAUUAAGUUUGCUGAUGACACAACAGUGGUAGGCCUGAUCACCGACAACAAUGAGACAGCCUAUAGGGAGGAGGUCAGAGACCUGGUAGUGUGGUGCCAGGACAACAACCUCUCCCUCAAUGUGAGCAAGACAAAGGAGCUGAUCAUGGACUACAGGAAAAGGAGGGUUGAACAGGCCCCCAUUAACAUCGACGGGGCUGUAGUGGAGCGGAUCGAGAGUUUCAAGUUCCUUGGUGUCCACAUCACCAACAAACUAUCAUGGUCCAAACACACCAAGACAGUCGUGAAGAGGGCACGACAACACAUUUUCCCCCUCAGGAGACUGAAAAGAUUUGGCAUGGGUCCCCAGAUCCUCAACAAGUUCUACAGCUGCACCAUCGAGAGCAUCCUGACCGGUUGCAUCACCGCCUGGUAUGGCAACUGCUCGGCAUCUGACACUAAGGCGCUACAGAGGGUAGUGCAUACGGCCCAGUACAUCGCUGGGGUCAAGCUUCCUGCCAUCCAGGAGCUAUAUACGAGGCAGUGUCAGAGGAAGGCCCAAAAAAUUGUCAAAGACUCCAGUUACCCAAGUCAUAGACUGUUCUCUCCGCUACCGCACGGCAAGUGGUACCGGAGCGCCAAGUCUAGGUCAAAAAGGCUUGUUAACAGCUUCUACCCCCAAGCCAUAAGACUGCUGAACAAUUAAUCAAAUGGCCACCCAGACUAUUUACACUGUACCCCCGCACAUUGACUCGGUACCGGUACCCCCUGUAUAUAGCCUUGAUAUUUUAUUGUUUACUGUAGUUUAUUUAGUAAAUAUUUUCUUAACUCUAUUUCUUGAACUGCAUUGUUGGUUAAGGGCUUGUAAGUAAGCAUUUCACGGUAAGGUCUACACCUGUUGUAUUCGCCGCAUGUGACAAAUAAAAUUUGAUUUGAUUACGUCCUGCAUGUAUGAUAUGUUACUUGUUGCAAUUCGUAUGAUAGUUUACGAAUUACAAUUUGUACAAUAUGUUGCGAAUUUGUAAGUGCUUAAGAUCCCGGACUGCAUCUUUAAUUAUGUUCCAUUGUCUGGACUAAUGUUGCAGUCAGACAAUGUAGAUGGGAUGCAGAGUAAGGUUGCAGACAAAGCAUCUUCACAGUAUGUACAAUCUUAUGAGACAGACAAAGGAGAUAAAUCUCAUGUCAAUUUGCAGAAAACACAGAUGUAUUCACCUCUAGCUGCUUUUCAACUGUAACCCCAGUGUUACACAACUAGUGUGUACACCCUGAUGUUAUACUAGGGAAAUUAUGUUUCCAUAGCUAGGGCUCACAGUGAGGACUUGUGAAGAACAGAAUCAACAACCACUGCAUAAUCAAAACAGUUGCUUUGUAAGGUGUUGACGGUCGAAGGUGUAAACCCAUGCUCACAGUAAAGCAUAGCAGUCGAAACAGUUCUCGCAUAUGUUAUGAAGUGAUUGUUGUCAUUCAACGAGAGACGACUUGUUUACAUGCCAAACAUUUCACAUGAGAAAUACUGCACCAAACAUCUUAAACCUUAUUCGAACGGGAUUAGUUUUACUGGGGGUGGUCGGGUAAUGUAAUUAUGUGAACGAGCACAAAACACCACAUCUGUCAUUUUAGUCCCUUCCGAAUCGGCAAUGUUAAGUCAUUUUUACAUGGCAGGAGAGUAACAAUUCCAUCCAGAAUAACCUACAGUUUUGUGCCAAACUCCAAUGCCCUCUGAUAAUACUAGUACCGUGCGAAUCGGCAUCCCUGUAUUUUGAGAGAAAUGUCUGAGUUUGACAGGUGUUGCUCACGGUUUGAGCAAGACAACAAUACGUGAUUCGAUAAAUUGAAGGAAGUGCUCGCAUAUCCUAUAUAUGAAGGGCCUACAUGUAUGAACUUUUACAGUGAAUGCUUUUAUUUAUAUGUUUUGUGUGUAUGAAUUGAAUAUUGCCAAAUGCAUCAGUAAAACAUAUUGCGCCUAUUUAAUGUAACCCUUGCUGUUAAUAGAUGGCAAAGCAGAAUACAACUGACCUAAACUUUUGAAAAUGAAAAGUUCACUUUUUCAUCCAUAGCCUUAAAACGCAUCUCAAGUGCACUGUUUAGCUCAUCUGAAGGAUGGGGGGCAUUUAGGACGUCUACUACGGAUCGCUAAAAAAUCCAAAUGAUUAUGAUCACACUUCAUCAAUUAAAAUAUUAUGGCGACACUAUACCAAAGAUGGUUUGGUAUGGUUUCGAAACUUGGGAACCAAGCUCGAGUUAUCAGUGUAGCCCUGUUAUCGCCUGGACUUGUUGAAAUAUCUUCACGCCUAGAAAAGAACCUCCAGGCUUUCGUCAUAACUGUCAAUUUAUUGAAAAUAAAAAUAAUGACAGGGAACCAUCCUCCGAACAACGGACAUUCUGGGGUAAUAAUUACAUAAUCAACGUUCUCUAGUAAUACUAGUCCCGUGCGAAUAGUGCUUUAGUUAUGUAAAAUUAUGUGACUAAAAACCUCCUCGGCAAAAACGUCACAAUUAAUUACAGAUGUCUUGAUUUAUUUUAGAUACACUACAUAGCAAAAAGUAUGUGGAUACCUGUUGGUCAAACAUUUCAUUCCAAAAUUAUGGGCAUUAAUAUGGAGUUGGUCCCCUCCACACUUCUGGGAACCCUUUCCACUAGAUGUUGGAACAUUGCUACAGGGAUUUCUUCCAUUUCUGCCACGAGCAUUAGUGCGGUCGGGCACUGAUAUUGGGCGAUUAGGCCUGGCUCGCAGUUGGCGUUCCAAUUAAUCCCGAAGGUGUUCAAUGGGGUGGAGGUCAGGGCUCUGUGCAGGCCUGUCAAGUUCUUCCACAUCGAUCUCGACAAACCAUUUCUGUAUGGACCUCGCUUUGUGUACAGGGGCAUUGUUAUGCUGAAACAAGAAAGGGCCUUCCCCAAACUGUUGCCAUAAAGUUGGAAGCACAGAAUCGUCUAGAAUGUCAUUAUAUGCAUUAAGAUUUCCCUUCACCGAACAAUGAAAAACAGCCCCAGACCAUUAUUCCUCCUCCACCAAACUUUACAGUUGGCACUAUGCAUUGGGGCAGGUAGAGUUCUCCUGAAAGCCACCAAACCCAGAUUAGUCAGUCGGACUACCACAUGGUGAAGCGUGAGUCAUCACUCCAGAGAACGCAUUUCCACUGCUCCAGAGUCCAAUGGCAGCGAGCUUUACACCACUCCAGCUGACGCUUGGCAUUGUGCAUGGUGAUCUUAGGCUUGUGUGCGGCUGCUCGGCCAUGGAAACCCAUUUCAUGAAGCUCCCGAUGAACAGUUGUUUUGUUGAUGUUGCUUCCAGUGGCAGUUUGGAACUCGGUAGUGAGUGUUGCAACCGAGGAUAGAGGAUUUUUACGAGCUACGCGCUUCAGCACUCGGCCAUCUCGUUCUGUGAGCUUGUGUGGCCUACCACUUCGCGGCUGAGCCAUUGUUGCUCCUAGAUGUUUCCACUUCACAAUAACAGCACUUACAGUUGACCGGGGCAUAGCAGGGCAGAAAUUUGAAAUUUGAUGAACUGACUUGUUGGAAAGGUGGCAUCCUAUGACGGUGCCACAUUGAAAGUCACUGAGCUCUUCAGUAAGGCCAUUCUACUGCCAGUGUUUGUCUAUGGAGAUUGCAUGGCUGUGUGCUUGAUUUUAUACACCUGUCAGCAAUGGGUGAACUAGACGAAUCCACUAAUUUGAAGGGGUGUCCAUAAUUUGAAAAAGUCAAGUGGUCGGAAAAUAUUCAGACCCCUUGACCUUUUCCACAUUUUGUUAUGUUACAGCCAUAUUCUAAAAUUGAUUAAAUAAGUACAAAUCCUCCGCAAUCUACAUACAAUACCCCAUAAUGACAAAGUGAAAACAGGUUUUUAGAAAUGUUAGCCAAUUUAUUACAAAUAAAAAAACAGAAAUACCUUAUUUACAUAAGUAUUUGCUAUAAGACUAGAAAUUGAGCUCAGGUGCAUCCUGUUUCCAUUGAUCAUCCUUGAGAUGUUUCUACAACUUUAUUGGACUCCACCUGUGGUCAAUUCAAUUGAUUGGCCAUGAUUUGGAACGGCACACACCUGUCUAUAUAAGGUCCCACAGUUGAAGGUCUCACAGUGCAUGUCAGAGCAAAAACCAAACCAUGAGGUCAAAGGAAUUGUCCGUAGAGCUCCGAGACAGGAUUGUGUCAAGGGGAAGGGUACCAAAAUAUUUCUGCAUCAUUGAAGGUCCCCAAGAACACAGUGGCCUCCAUCAUUCUUAAAUGGAAGAUGUUUGGAACCACCAAGACUCUUCCUAGAGCUAACCGCACGGCCAAUUCUGAGCAAUUGGGGAUAAGGGCCUUGGUCAAGGAGGUGACCAAGGACCUGAUGAUCACUCUGACAGAGCUCCAGAGUUACUCUGUGGAGAUGAGAGAACCUUCCAUAAGGACAACCAUCUCUGCAGCACUCCACCAAUCAGGCCUUUAUGGUAGAGUGGCCAGACGGAAGCCACUCCUCAGUAAAAGGCACAUGACAGCCCGCUUGGAGUUUGCCAAAAGGCACCUAAAGACUCUCAGACCAUGAGAAACAAGAUUCUCUGUUCUGAUGAAACCAAGAUUUAACUAUUUGGCCUGAAUGCCAAGCGUCACGUCUGGAGGAAACCUGGCACCAUCCCUAUGGUGAAGCAUGGUGGUGGCAGCAUCAUGCUGUGGGGAAGUUUUUCAGCGGCAGGGACUGGGAGACUAGUCAGGAUCGAGGGAAAGAUGAACAGAGCAAAAUACAGAGAGAUCCUUGAUGAAAACCUGCUCCAGAGUGCUCAGCACCUCAGACUGGGGCGAAGGUUCACCUUCCAACAGGACAAUGACCCUAAGCACACAGCCAAGACAACGCAGGAGUGGCUUCAGGACAAGCCUCUGAAUGUCCUUGAGUGGCCCAGCCAGAGCCCGGACUUGAACCCGAUUGAACAUCUCUUGAGAGACCUGAAAAUAGCUGUGCAGCAACGCUCCCCAUCCAACCUGACAGAGCUUGAGAGGAUCUGCAGAGAAGAAUGGGAGAAACUCCCCAAAUACAGGUGUGCCAAGCUUGUAGCGUCAUACCCAAGAAGACUCGAUGCUGUAAUCCCUGCCAAAGGUGCUUCAACAAAGUACUGAGUAAAGGGUCUGAAUAAUUAUGUAAAUGUGAUAUAAAAAAUAUAAAAAAUGUGAUUUUUUUGGUUGUUUUUUAGCAACAAUUUCUGAACCUGUUUUUGCUUUGUCAUUGUGGGGAUUGUGUGUAGAUUGAUGAGGAAAAAGAACAAAGUAAUCAAUUUUAGAAUAAGGCUGUAACGUAACAAAAUGUGGAAAAAGUCAAGGGGUCUGAAUACUUUCCGAAGGCACUGUAUAUACAGUUGAAGUCGGAAGUUUACAUAUACCUUAGCCAAAUACAUUUAAACUCAGUUUUUCACAAUUCCUGACAUUUAAUCCUAGUAAACAUUCCAAAUGCCUGAAGGUAUCACGUUCAUCUGUACAAACAAUAGUAUGCAAGUAUAAACACCAUGGGACCACACAGCCGUCAUACCGCUCAGGAAGGAGACGCAUUCUGUCUCCUAGAGAUGAACGUACUUUGGUGCGGAAAGUGCAAAUCAAUCCCAGAACAACAGCAAAGGACCUUGUGAAGAUGCUGGAGGAAACCGGUUCAAAAGUAUCUAUAUCCACAGUGAAAAGAGUCCUAUAUCGACAUAACCUGAAAGGCCGCUCAGCAAGGAAGAAGCCACUGCUCCAAAACCGCCAUAAAAAAGCCAGACUACGGUUUGCAACUGCACAUGAGGACAAAGAUCGUACUUUUUGGAGAAAUAUCCUCUGGUCUGAUGAAACAAAAAUAUAACUGUUUGGCCAUAAUGACCAUCGUUAUGUUUGGAGGAAAAAGGGGAUAGCUUGCAAGCCGAAGAACACCAUCCCAACCGUGAAGCACGGGGGUGACAGCAUCAUGCUGUGGGGGUGCCUUGCUGCAGGAGGGACUGGUGCACUUCACAAAAUAGAUGGCAUCAUGAGGAAGGAAAAUUAUGUGGAUGUAUUGAAGCAACAUCUCAAGACAUCAGUCAGGAAGUUAAAGCUUGGUCGCAAAUGGGUCUUCCAAAUGGACAAUGACCCCAAGCAUACUUCCAAAGUUGUGGCAAAAUGGCUUAAGGACAACAAAGUCAAGGUAUUGGAGUGGCCAUCACAAAGCCCUGACCUCAAUCCUAUAGAAAAUGUGUGGGCAGAACUGAAAAAGCGUGUGCGAGCAAGGAGGCCUACAAACCUGACUCAGUUACACCAGCUCUGUCAGGAGGAAUGGGCCAAAAUUCACCCAACUUAUUGUGGGAAGCUUGUGGAAGGCCCAAGUUAAACAAUUUAAAGGCAAUGCUACCAAAUACUAAUUGAGUUUAUGUAAACUUCUGACUCACUGGGAAUGUGAUGAAAGAAAUAAAAGCUGAAAUAAAUCAUUCUCUCUACUAUUAUUCUGACAUUUCACAUUCUUAAAAUAAAGUGGUGAUCCUAACUGACCUAGGACAGGGAAUUUUUACUAGGAUUUAAUGUCAGGAAUUGUGGAAAACUGAGUUUAAAUGUAUUUGGCUAAGGUGUAUGUAAACUUCCGACUUCAACUGUAUGUGUGUGUGUGUGUGUGUGUGUGUGUGUGUGUGUGUAUAUGAUAUAUAUAUAUAUAUAUAUAUAUAUAUAAUAUAUAUAUAUAUAUGUUAUAUAUAUAUGUGUAUAUAUAUAUCUAUGUGUAUAUAUAUAUAUCUAUACUUAUUGUGUCUAUUCUACUACUAUCUUUAUGUGUAUCAUCUACUAUAUAUAUGUGUAUCUAUCUUAUAUGUAUUAUCUAUAUUGUGUGUCUCUCUUAUCUCUACUACUCUCUUCAUCUAUCUACUCUCUCAUCUAUUCUUCUCUAUCUCUAUCUCUCUCUACUCUAUGUGUCUCUUCUCUCUAUAUUCUAUGUGUCUGUUAUCAUUCUAUAUUAUUAUUAUAUAAUGAGCAAGCUGAUCCUCAUGAGUUGUGUUUGUUCUCCUCUGCGGCAUGCACGUUAAAGUGCUGAUUGAAAUGCAGGAUGAAGACUUUGGACUGAAGAGUUCUCCAGGUUAGAUACAGCCCUGGCCUUAGUAUUACUAGCUAACUAACAUUUAUGAUGAGGACCUAUUUCACAUUAUGUUGUUAUUCUUUAAUUCUAUAGAGAAAUACAUAAUGAUGUAGAACAUUCUACAUCAGUCUCUUAAUCAAAUGAUAAGUUGUAACUCUUGUAACAUAACACUUAAAUUGCAUUGCUUUUUUCACAUUAUACCUAUGCAUUGUAUGAUACUAUAGACCUAUCAUAGAUACAAUGUAAUAGUCAUAGUAAAGAUUUCAAUGGCUUAACAUUUGCCAUCUUACUAUUUUCCUUCAUGCACCCAUACAUGAGAAUUUACUGAGGAUUCCGUACGUGGGUUCACAUGUGUUGUUUUGGCAUUGUUUUAUAAAAUACCUUUCAUUUUGUUUAUACCAUUAUUGUAUAUCUCUCCUCUCCUUUUCUUUGCAGCAAUUGAGGGGUUAAUAAGUAAGAACGAAUUCUAUUUUAUUGGUUGGCUGUAGGGAAGAAGCAAAAGCACAACGUAUGUGUUUAUAGACACAUUCAGAAAUGACAGUACGCCUGGAAACCAUGCAUGUCCAAAUUUGCUGAACUUUGCUAACUUUACUUAAAUCCUCUGUCCAAAGGAAUUCAUGCUAUGCUAUAGUUGUUAUGACUGCUUAUGACAACUCAUAAGUCAAUUAUCAUUGAGUUAAGUUACCUGUUUGACAGAGGGUUCAAGUUAAUUGUUACCAACAAGUAUAACCAAGAGGUAACUUGUAAAUAAUUCUUAAAGUAAUGCGUUCAGCUUGUUCCUGAUUUAACAUGCAUGAAGAAACCUUAAUUUCCUCUCCUAAUUUUUCCCUGAACCCUUUUAACAAUGUACAAAUAUAGACCAACGUACUGUAAGCAGUAUGCACUACAGUACAGACCAAUACCGAAAGGACUUAAAUAGCCUGAUUGUUAGCCUUGCUAGCUUGAAAUUUCUAUUGAGAUGACUAGAUACACUGCUAGCAAAACAGGCUAACGUCAUGCAUGGCUGUGGAGUCAUUGGUGGUGGACGGAGGGGACCUCAUCAGAAAGCAUUCUUGACUUUAACUGCCCCUGUCCAGUAGUAGAUCCCUCAAUUCCUGCAUUCAGUCUUUUUGUUGUUGUUUCACAAAUAAAUACUGUUGAAUUCCACCAAUGCUAUGGUAUGCUAACAGUGCUAACAUUCCACACUGGCUUGGAACCUCUGAACUGCACUGUUGAAGCUAACGGCUAUGCACCAACUUUGCUUGGCUUAAUCCGGAUACAAUAACGGUGUUACAGUAUGUAUGGGAGCCAGCAGUUGAAGCUUUGACAUUGUGGUUGAUGUGGUGUCCUUGUCUUUGCUCCAUAGAGGCUUGCCUCCCCGGGGAGGACAUUGGGGACGAUAAGAGCUGUCACUGUGAAUUCCUUCAAGAUUUAUCUCCUGGGUUGAAGGUCACAAUCAGGGCGAUAAUGUAAGAGAGAGGUUUUAUAUUCACUAAAUACCCGAAGAACAUAGUGUCUUGUGCAGAAAUUAUAACUUUACGGUGUCUUCUUCCUUUGGUUUUUAAAGGCGGUUGGCCUGUUUAUGAGCUUAUGAACAUGCACGCCGUAUGAUUGGAUUAUAAUACAUUUGAUAGAAAAUCUGAUUCUAUUCUUCUGAAUGAUUACCGUACCAAAGUGUGUCAACAGCUGCUUUUGUUUUGAAAAAUACAUGCUUCUGUUAAAUUUUUUCCUAAAUGUCUGCUUCAGCAUCAUGAGGUUUCUGGUGUCAAAGAGGAGGUUUAAGGAGAGCCUACGGCCAUACGACGUGAUGGAUGUGAUCGAGCAGUACUCCGCAGGCCACUUGGACAUGCUGAGUCGGAUUAAGCAACUACAGUCCAGGCAAGACCCCCCAUUAUUCCCUUCACCGAUCCAGUCACACACCCUUUCCCAGCAUAGCUCGCAUUUAAUGUACCUCAAAACAGACUUGUGUUCAAAUAGUAAUUGUUUUGUUCUUAAUGCCUUAGCUGUGCUUGAUUGAGCAUGCCUGGCACAAUAGGAUCAAUGGAAUAGUCCCAAAUGUACAAACCCACCCAUCUGGCACUGAAGGCUUGCUCAAUAAACACUCUAAGUAUUAGAAAGUAAACUAAAAUACUAUUUAGGGGGGAAUAGAAGAAAAUAAAUAUAUACUAUUUGAACCCAAGUCUGUCUCAAACAUCCACAGACCCACCAGGUUUUCAUCAGUAGACACACAUUGACAGCUGUCACUCUUCACCAGGGCAAUUCAAUUACCAGCCCUGGAGUGCCAAAGUUCUGCCGGGAGUAUUUCUAGCCUGGUAGUUAAUUGAUGAAUAAUUCUCAUUGAUUGGCCUGAGACAUUACUUACCUCGUGUCCCAGGUCUGAAUUAGUCCUUGAUUAGAAGGAAAAAAAGGGAAGGCUGCGCGACCAAAGGAAACCGCCCCGUUCCGCCCCCCUGGAUGCCUCUUACCCAGAGCUAAAGAACCUAAUCAUGUUUCUUUACCUCUACUUUAUGUACAAAUGUGUGUGCUCACCCUCCCCUCACUUUAUAGUUCUCACUUUACUCACAGUCAAUCGUGAAGGAUAAUUCUUCACGUUUUACCAGUGAAAUGGCUAUGCAGCAUCUGCAUGACAACCAUUUGAUCUCAAUCAAUUUCAUGGGAAUAUGCAUUUAGGUAUUGUUCUUGAAUUAUAUAGGCCUAGGCUACAGUGUUGUUUCGAAGUCCAGUGUGGUUUUGCAUUAUAAUAAUAAUAUGCCAUUUAGCAGACGCUUUUAUCCAAAGCGACUUACAGUCAUGUGCGCAUAAUUUUUUUAUAAACGUAUGGGUGGUCCCGGGGAUCGAACCCACUACCCUGGCGUUACAAGCGCCAUGCUCUACCAAUUGAGCUACAGAGGACCAUUAUGUACAGUGAACGAAUUUCAUAGCAGAUGGUGUUAACAAACUGUAGCCUACCUGUGUUCAAUCAAAGCACAUACUGUAUUUUGCCUAGUGGCGCGUGCUGCGCAAAAAUCUGACCAUUCGCACAAUCAUCCUAAAAUCUCCUAAGAAAUUAGGUGGUGUUUUUCGUCUUACAGUAACAUUAUGCUAUAUUACAGUGGAGAAAAAUAGUAUUUAGUCAGCCACCAAUUGUGCAAGUUCUCCCACUUAAAAAGAUGAGAGAGGCCUGUAAUUUUCAUCAUAGGUACACGUCAACUAUGACAGACAAAUUGAGAUUUUUUUUCUCCAGAAAAUCACAUUGUAGGAUUUUUAAUGAAUUUAUUUGCAAAUUAUGGUGGAAAAUAAGUAUUUGGUCACCUACAAACAAGCAAGAUUUCUGGCUCUCACAGACCUGUAACUUCUUCUUUAAGAGGCUCCUCUGUCCUCCACUCGUUACCUGUAUUAAUGGCACCUGUUUGAACUUGUUAUCAGUAUAAAAGACACCUGUCCACAACCUCAAACAGUCACACUCCAAACUCCACUAUGGCCAAGACCAAAGAGCUGUCAAAGGACACCAGAAACAAAAUUGUAGACCUGCGCCAGGCUGGGAAGACUGAAUCUGCAAUAGGUAAGCAGCUUGGUUUGAAGAAAUCAACUGUGGGAGCAAUUAUUAGGAAAUGGAAGACAUACAAGACCACUGAUAAUCUCCCUCGAUCUGGGGCUCCACGCAAGAUCUCACCCCGUGGGGUCAAAAUGAUCACAAGAACAGUGAGCAAAAAUCCCAGAACCACACGGGGGGACCUAGUGAAUGACCUGCAGAGAGCUGGGACCAAAGUAACAUAGCCUACCAUCAGUAACACACUAUGCCGCCAGGGACUCAAAUCCUGCAGUGCCAGACGUGUCCCCCUGCUUAAGCCAGUACAUGUCCAGGCCCGUCUGAAGUUUGCUAGAGUGCAUUUGGAUGAUCCAGAAGAGGAUUGGGAGAAUGUCAGAUGAAACCAAAAUAUAACUUUUUGGUAAAAACUCAACUCGUCGUGUUUGGAGGACAAAGAAUGCUGAGUUGCAUCCAAAGAACACCAUACCUACUGUGAAGCAUGGGGGUGGAAACAUCAUGCUUUCGGGCUGUUUUUCUGCAAAGGGACCAGGACGACUGAUUCGUGUAAAGGAAAGAAUGAAUGGGGCCAUGUAUCAUGAGAUUUUGAGUGAAAACCUCCUUCCAUCAGCAAGGGCAUUGAAGAUGAAACGUGGCUGGGUCUUUCAGCAUGACAAUGAUCCCAAACACACCGCCCGGGCAACGAAGGAGUGGUUUCGUAAGAAGCAUUUCAAGGUCCUGGAGUGGCCUAGCCAGUCUCCAGAUCUCAACCCCAUAGAAAAUCUUUGGAGGGAGUUGAAAGUCUGUGUUGCCCAGCGACAGCCCCAAAACAUCACUGCUCUAGAGGAGAUCUGCAUGGAGGAAUGGGCCAAAAUAAUAUAAUAAUAAUAUAAUAAUAUGCCAUUUAGCAGACGCUUUUAUCCAAAGCGACUUACAGUCAUGCAUGCAUACAUUUUAUGUGUAUGGGUGGUCCCGGGGAUCGAACCCACUACCUUGGCGUUACAAGCGCCGUGCUCUACCAGCUGAGCUACAGAGGACCUCUACCAGCAACAGUGUGUGAAAACCUUGUGAAGACUUACAGAAAACGUUUGACCUGUGUCAUUGCCAACAAAGGGUAUAUAACAAAGUAUUGAGAAACUUUUGUUAUUGACCAAAUACUUAUUUUCCACCAUAAUAUGCAAAAAAUUCAUUAAAAAUCCUACAAUGUGAUUUUCUGGAUUUUUUUUUUUCUCAUUUUGUCUGUCAUAGUUGACGUGUACCUAUGAUGAAAAUUACAGGCCUCUCUCAUCUUUUUAAGUGGGAGAACUUGCACAAUUGGUGGCUGACUAAAUACUUUUUUUCCCCACUGUAUAUUCAGUUGUGUUAUGUAGAAUACUAAUGAAUAAUUGAUUCAGCUUUGAUCUAACUUAAUUGAACAAGCACCAUUCUCAAUUCAUCAUUGAAAUUCGGCAGAGUAUCCUGUUCUCUGGGCAGCCGAACGAAUCCCGCACAUGCGCAGAAGCUUCAGUUGUUUAUCUAUUGGAAAAAGAGGCGUCCAGAAAAUUUGGCAAUGCAGCCACUCCGAAAAGGGAAACCAGAAAUGUUUUGCCCCUCUUCGACCGUAAUUGAAUAGCCCUGCAUAAAUGUCCAGGCUUAUUCAGUCUGGUGGAGUAUUGCAGAUAGAAAUGUAGAGCAUAGAUUUGACAUUGUCUUGUCACUGGAUACGUUGUUGUGUCACUGGACACAUGCAUGUUGUGAUAACCACUGAACUCAAAUCCACUCCUAUGUGCUAUGCCUUCCUCUGGUACAUAUCCCAAUGACAGACACAUUUAAGUGAUGUUUCAUAGCUUGGAACAACUUAAAUACUGUUCAAGUGAAUUAACAAGUCAAGGGAAAUGUCGAGUUCACAUAUUUCUCUCCCUCAAAUAAGUACCACAUUUUUUUUUGAUUAGAUGAUAGAUGUCCAACACAUAUGUAAAUAUAUUCCAACAAUGAAACUGUAGGCCUAUGUGUACAUUUCGGUUAAAACAACCAAUAGGGGCUAUUUUCCUGAAUAUUUCAUAGCUAAUGUGGUUCUUUAUUUCUCUCAACAACCCAGUCACACAGCUGUGAGAAAGUAACACAUGUUAGAUCUAUGUUUGACAUAAAUAAAGAACCAUGGUAGCUACAAAGCUUUUGAGAAGCUCACCUCUGAUUCACUGUGUGAACUACAUGUAUGGAAUAUAUUCUGACUUAUUUGUCCAUAUAUUUGAUAUGGUCAGAUUCCCAUGUGUUGCUUCAUUUUGCAUUGCGCUCACAUCUUCUCUAUGUGCCUUGCCAGGGUAGAUAUGAUUGUGGGGCCUCCUGGCCCAUCUACUCCUCGCCAUAAGAAGUCUACAGAAGGUCCUAGGUUAAGUCACUAGACUGCACUUUUCCUAUACGUAAAUUACUGUAGAACGUAAGGAAAUUCUUAUGUCAUGUUGACAUAAAGGCUGCAUAAUGCGCAUUAGCCACAAGAAUGAUAAAAUGCCUAUCCUAAUUUGUAACGAUGACAGAUAAUGACAACUGACUCACACAAUUGUGUCAUAAUUGUGUAGUGGGUUAUCAUGACCUGUUAUAACAGGUAUUAGGUCACUCUGCUACAUAGAACGGUUAUACGUCUUUACGUCAAUUGGGGCUCUAGUAAAGUGCUAUCCAUUUUGAUAAAAAAGAACCCUUUUGUAACUCAGGCUACAUGACGGCUCAUUGUAUCACUCAAACUAAAGCCUGAUAGACCGAACCAUGUCUUUAGACAGUAGACUUCUGAGUGAAUUUACAUACAGUAUGUCAAGUAACACUAAAAAACAGAAGCAGUAGAUUGAGAAAUCCCUCACGCUAUUCUUUCAUAAUGUUUGUGGAUAUUUUUGUGGAGGAAAUGUGGGCCAUAGUUUAUAGUGAGAGUGGUAACACUUAAAGCAUUCAGGCAAAAUGCAUUGUAAGACUUGACAUGAGCAAAUAUGACCCUACCCUUUAUAAUCUCUUAUACUGUAAUCAUCUCAUAAUGAUACAGACUAAAUAAGAGACAGUUUGAGACAGUUUAAGUAUGUAUCCAUAAAGAGACAUAACGUAUUACAAACCUUGAUAUAAGACAUUAUUAAAGGCUUGUACAUGCUUAAAACAAGUUAUAAAGCAUUAUACCUGAAGUUUAAAAUUGUCACUGAAUUGCUCUUUUCAUGUCCUUCAAUAUGUUUAUUUCCAUUGUAAAUCAGUGUCUUAUUCUUUCUGAACAAAAGGCCAAUAGCACACACGCACAGGCAAAGGGCUGAGUCAUGUAGCCUAACACAACAGGGGUUUGACAAGGCUGCUUUUGUAUCGGAGAAAGAGGGAGAGCUCCCCUGUUAGGAAGCAGUGGAAAUGAAGCAUGAAACAUAGUGAAGCAUGCCACAUGAUGCAUUGUCUCCUCGUUUUCAUAGUUGUCGUUUUUUCCAGUCAAGAAUUGUUGAGGCCUGGAACUCACCAUUUCCAGUAUACCAACAUUUACAUUUUCAGCAUCAAAGAACAUUAUCAUUCUUCAGCACCAAUUCCAUAUGCACUCUCUACAGAGACCAACCUCUCACUUCACCUACAUGAGUCUAGUUUUGUCUUACCAUUCUAAUUGUAUCUAACCCUUAUUCACCUGCAUCACUAAUCCAGAGGGGGAAAUGUAGUUUAAAUUGUGAAGUUAGUCUACUCUAUAAUGUUUCCUUUUGCUAAAAACACAACUCUUUGACUCUCUGGAUCAAAGCAAUAGCUUUAUCCUCGAUAUUGCUUUCUCUAAAUGCCAGAGUGGACCAGAUUGUUGGUAAAGGUCCUCCAGAUAAAGGUGCCAAAGGUGGAGGUGACGGGGAGAAAGAGGAGGAGGACCCCAGCAUGAUGGGACGUCUGGUUAAAGUGGAGAAACGGGUAAGCCAGGUGUUCUUCUGACCUUAUCUCAGUCUCUCUGUCCUAAACAGUCCACGCUCUUGGUAGAAAUGCCCUUAGAGACUAAACACACCGUGUCGACGAAUGGUUAGAAGUAGCGGGGUGGCAAUGCAACAUGUUGAAUCGCCACAGUUUGUCAACUACCAGCAGGUGAUUCUAACCCACUGUUUUUAGCCGUUCAUCUUUGUUGAAUUGCCACAGUUUGUCGACAACCAGCAGGUCAUUCUAACCUGCUGCUUUUAGGCGUUCAUCUUUGUGUUGUGUAAUCUGAUCUAGGAUCAGAUUACCCUCCCCAAAGCAGGUGAUUCUAACCCAUUGCUUUUAGCCGUUCAUCUCUGUGGUUUGUAAUCUGAUUACCCUCCCCAAAUUCUAACCAUAACCGUUUGGGUGUGAAAAGCCCAACUGACCUAAGAUCAGUGUCUAUGGGCAUCGUCGUGCUACACAACAGUAUGCAGAGGUUCCAUGGGACUCUCCCUCUUCCUGCAGGUGGGCUCCAUGGACAGAAAGCUGGAUUUCCUGGUCAACGUGUAUGUGCAGCGCAUGGGCAUCCCGCGCUCCGAGACAGAGGCCUAUUUCAACUCCAAGGAGGCCUACCCGGCGCCCCCUUAUGUUAGCCCCGAGGAUAGCAAGAAGGAGAAGGAGAAGCAGGAGCAGGAAAAGAAGGUGAAAGAAGAGAAGGAAGAGAAGAGCUGCUCCGCCGCCGAGGUCCUCCGCUCCAUGGGCUCCGUGGAGAAGAAGAAGUGCUCCCCAGAGCCCAGGUCUUUGGGCACGCCCUCCGGCAGCCGCAGCCGCCCCUGCACCUCCUGGGAGCACCAGCUGCAGCACCCCCUCAGCCAGCCCGCCUGGAACAGCAGUGUGGCCAACACCCCCUCACCUGUAGGGGGGGGCAGCGGAGAACCCUCCCCCUCCCUGUUCCUCCUGCCACCCCCUCCCCCGCCCAUCCACGAGCGCUCCUCCUGGGCAGGAGGGGGCAGUAGCCGGGAAGGCUCUUCCCAGGGCAGGAAGCGCAACAGGAGGCAGAGGCGUCAGCCAGACGUGGCCCCGCUGCCCGCCGCUGAGAGUGACACGUCCCUGUCCAUCCCAUCAGUGGACCAUGAGGAGCUGGAGCGCUCCUUCAGUGGGUUCAGCAUCUCCCAGGCCAAGGAGGACUUUUUUGGGGCAUCGUUCUUCAAUGGGGCGGCAGGGGCGGUGGCAGAAACGGGAGCAGGGGCAUCGCUCUGCGCCAGGGUUAGACCCUUCAUUGCGGAGGGUGAAUCAGACACAGACUCUGACCUGUACACCCCUGGUGCCCCCUCACCCCUCUCCUUCAGCGGUGAGGGGGCAGGGGGGUAUGGAGACAGAGUCUGGCCGCCUCUCAAGUAG